AUGGACAACGACGAUUUCGCCAACGUAAGCUGGCAAAGCGAUCAUGCUGCCCGUGAACCUGCAUCUAGUAUUGGUAGUCCGGGAGCUGCAGUUGAGGACCAAGAGAAUACGGGUAGUAGGAGACAUACUGAGGGGCCACUGGGCACCCAUGCGGAUGCGCUGGACCUGGCUGGCGUUGGAGAGGGGGUAUUGGAAUGUACAGUUACUUCUCCCCUGAAAGAGAACGACGGAUCAAAAGAUGCUUAUGUGUCAUAUCUGGUGACGACAAAUGCUGGUCUUCCUAUCCAAAUAACAACUUUCCCCUCCUUCCAGAAACCAACCACCUCAGUCCGCAGGCGCUUCACAGACUUCGUCUUCCUCUACAAAACGCUCUCGAAAGAAUACCCAGCAUGUGCGGUUCCGCCAUUGCCGGAUAAGCAUAAGAUGGAGUAUGUGCGGGGUGAUCGGUUUGGGACGGACUUCACUUAUCGAAGGGCUAACUCGUUGCAUCGUUUUCUUGCGCGGCUGGCGCUUCAUCCUGUCCUGAGACGAAGCGCGCUACUUAUCAUCUUCCUGGAGAGCCAGGACUGGAAUGCUACGAUGAAGACUCGUCCGCAGCGGGGGUCGUCGGCAUCUGAACAAGGCGCAACGGGCGUGUUUGACAAUUUUACUGAUACGUUCAUAAAUGCUUUUACAAAAGUACACAAGCCGGAUAAGCGAUUCAUUGAAGUAAGGGAGAAAUCAGACAAGCUUGAUGAAGAUCUUGGGCAUGUUGAGAAAAUCGUGGCCAGGGUGGCUCGGCGAGAAGGGGACCUGGAAACGGAUUACAAAGAUCUGGCAGAGCAAUUCCAGAAGCUUAUCACUCUGGAGCCUGGAGUAGAACCGUCUGUCCAUGCUUUUGCGGCGAGUGUACAGGAUACUUCUGCUGGGAUGAAGACGUUGAGGGAUCACACGGACCAGGAUUAUCUGGGGAGUUUGAGGGACAUGCAGGCGUAUAGCACGGCAGUCAAGAAUCUGCUCAAGGCGCGGGAGCAAAAACAAUUGGAUUUUGAACAGCUGACUGAAUACUUGACGAAAUCAACGUCGGACCGUGAUGUUCUGGCUACUCCUGGUGCUUCUACAACUGGCACAGCAGGGUUCAUCCGCAGCAAGAUUGAAGAUGUCCGAGGAGUCGAUCACGAACAAUCACGACGCGAACGGCUCCGGAAACUCGAGAUGAGAAUAGAGGAUUUGACAGGUGGGGUUGAGGAGUCGAAGAAAACUACCGAAGCUUUUGAUGAAGAGGUUGUACGAGAAGUGGCGGAUUUUGAGAGGAUAAAGCGGAUCGAGUUCAAGACUCAAUUUGGUGGGCUGGCUGAUGCACAUGUAGACUUUUAUGGGAAGAAUAUUGAGAUUUGGGAGAGGUACGUGAAGGAGAUGGAGAAUCUUGGAGCACCGCUUGCUUAG